AUGUCGCACUACGAAAACAACCUCGCAGAGAAAGAUCUCAAGCGCGAUCUAGAAACAGACCAGCCUCUUCACAACACACCAUCCGUUGCUCACGGUAAUCAAGUCCACGAUGAUGUCUUUGGUGAAAUCACUGAUGAAGGCCCCAACUACCGAGCCGUCGGCUGGAUCGGUACCGUCGCUCUCAUGAUGAAAACCCAAGUCGGUCUCGGCGUCCUGUCCAUCCCCGCCGUCUUCGACGUCCUAGGCAUCGUCCCCGGAAUCAUCUGUCUCAUCGUCAUCGCCGCUAUAACUACCUGGUCCGAUUACAUGGUUGGCGUGUUCAAGAGGAAUCAUCCUCAAGUAUACGGUAUUGAUGAUGCGGGGUAUCUCAUCUUUGGACGAAUUGGUCGUGAGAUCUUUGGUGUUGCUUUCUGUCUCUACUGGAUCUUUGUCGCUGGAUCUGGUAUGUUGGGUCUGUCAAUCGGUCUCAACGCAGUAUCCCUCCACGGUACAUGCACAGCAGUCUUCGUCGCCGUCGCCGCAAUCUGCGGUUUCCUCCUCGCCAGUGUCCGAACCCUCGGUCGCAUCAGCAUGCUAGCCUGGGUCGGCCUCAUCUGCAUCAUGACAGCCAUCUUCACUGUGACAAUCGCAGUAGGCAUCCAAGACCGACCCGCUGACGCUCCCAAGGGCGGCGAGUGGAAGUCCGACUGGCGCGUCGUUGGAAACCCUUCCUUCACCGAGGCUAUCUCUUCUAUCUCGAGUCUGAUCUUCGCCUACGCUGGUACACCUGGAUUCUUCUCUAUUGCCGCUGAGAUGAAGAACCCUGCUCACUACACCCGAUCUUUGAUGGUGUGUCAGGCUGGUGUGACUAUUACUUACAUCGUCAUCGGAUGCGUUGUGUAUCUCUACUGUGGCUCGUACGUUGCGUCGCCUGCUCUUGGAUCAGCUGGUCAUUUGAUCAAGCGCAUCGCCUACGGAAUUUCCCUGCCCGGUCUUUUGGCUACUACCGUUCUGGUCAUUCACUUUGCGGCAAAGUACGUCUUUGUUCGUCUUCUCCGUGGAACAAAGCAUCUUGCUUCCAACAGCGCUGUGCACUGGGGAACAUGGAUCGCCUGCACUCUCACCACCACCGUCAUCGCGUACCUGAUCGCAUCCGGCAUUCCCGUCUUCGGCGGCCUCGUGUCUCUUGUCGGUGCCCUUCUUGGAACGCUGAUGUCGUUCCAGCUGUACGGCUGCAUGUGGCUGUACGACAACUGGGCCAAGGGCAAGCGAUCUCCCAACAUGAAGUGGUACCUCAUGGUAGCCUUCUCCGUCUUCGUCAUUGUGUCGGGUACCUUCUUGAUGAUUGGUGGUACUUAUGGAUCCAUUGUUAGCAUUAUCGAUUCGUACAAGAAGGACGGUGGUUCGUCUGCCUUCUCUUGUGCUGAUAAUUCUAAUUCUACUUAA